AAACAUGCACUUAAUAUUAACAAAAAGAUAACAGCUGGGUCAAGCGGAGAGUGUAGAUAUAUUUAAGGAGUAAACAUAUUUUAAACUAGAAAUGGGAACCGAAGAAGUUCAAAGUUUUCCAUCCUACGAAACCGCGUUCGUAUUUGUGGUUUUAGGAAUAAUCUGGUAUUUUCGUGAAAAAAUAGUGUAUAAAAGCUAUAAGAAAUACGUCGCAUGGAUGAUAAAUAAAAUUACCAAAAAUAUUAAAGACGGAUUAAAUGACGAGAAGACCCGACUGUUUGAGUUUCUACAUGAUUAUAAAGAUCAACAGAAGGAAAACCUGACGAUACUUGAGGUUGGAUCUGGCACAGCUCCUAAUUUGUCCUUCUACCCGGCAAAUACUAAGGUGGUUUGCCUGGAACCAAAUCAGCACUUUGAUAGUUACGCAACUGAAAACGUCAAAAAGGAAGGAAAUUCGAUCUCCGUAGAUUUUGUACAUGGAUAUGCAGAGGCUUUGCCAUUCGAAAAUGAAACAUUUGACAUUGUAGUGUGCACUCUAGUUUUGUGUUCUGUUAAAGAUAUGAAGAAGUGUUUGCAAGAAAUCAAACGAGUCCUGCGACAGGGCGGGAAGUGCGUCUUCUUGGAGCAUGUGGCGCACGAGGACAAGACGUCUUGGGCGUGGACGAUUCAGUGUAUAAUAAAUCCAGUUAACCAGCUGUUCUGCGAUGGCUGUGAGACAAUACGCGACACAGAAACCUACAUUAUGGCUGCUGGAUUCUCAGAUGUCAAUGUAAAACGGUUUCCACACAAGCCGUUUCCGGUUUGGAUCAGACCAUGCAUAAGUGGACUUGCUACAAAAUAAUUGAAAAAGGAAUGACGGAAACUUACCUUUUGUAAUGUAUAGAUUGUAAAAUUAAAAUUUAAACUGUUGGACUCGUCAUAUCAAUCAGAUUUGGUUUUCUCUAAUACUAUCUAAUAUUUUCUUUGCCGUUUUGUCUGUGUACCAAGAGGGCAAGGGACGAACUUGUAAGUGUAAUUCACAUGUUAUUAUGUGACAACCAGGUGUUUAAUUUUUAACUGUGUAUUUGAUUUCAGCAGGAGCUAGUACUCAGAACAAGUUAAUCUAGUGUAAUAUUUUGAUUUGUACGUAUUCCAAUUUGACCUGUUGUGUAAAAAUGUUCUUGUUGUCGUGUAAAAGUGUUCUUUGCACGACUAAGCCAUUUAAAUGAGCGUUCGCUGACAUGAUUAUGUUAACAAGAGUUUUUAUACGGAUAACCUGGAACUUUUGUACAGUAUUUAACAAUACGUAUGCAUACCUUGAUAUCUAACGGGAAUCUGCCUGAUUUCCCCGAUUAGCACUUUUCCUUAAGUUCACUAAUUUACUCUAUUUGCAGUGCGUAAAAUAUAUAUCGCACGUUCCGAAAAAAAAUAUAACUUUGUUCUUUUUCAAAAUUAAUUUUUAGUUUGUAUCUCUAGUUAUACGCAUUUGGUUCUUUUUAACAUUUUUGAACUUCAGGCGGGCUUUAAAAAUAAGGACUUUGCCGUCUGCGAAAGAUAGUAUAAAGAUAAUAUAGAUAAAAGUAAAACUUUAAAAUUCUCUUGAGUGGUUCUUUCUGAAACCCGCUAGGUUUUCAUGUAAUAUUAUGAUAUUGUCUCUAUCGUAUAAAACAGCCGAAAAAAAACUUUACAAGGCAGGCAAAAUUAAAUUUAGUAAAGCAUUUGAUAUAUUUGUGAAUUCAGUUAUAUAAUGACUUUCUGGAAAGGAAUGUGCUGAGAAUUAGUUCUUUCAUUGUAAAUAGACGGAUAGUGUAAAAUUUAGACUUAAGUAACUUUAUUUGAGAAAUUUAAAUACACCAAAGGCCAAAUGAAAGUAACUUUUACUGAAAACAUGCAGUUUUACUAUUUAGGACAUUGAAAUUCCUAAUUUUCAUGUAACAGACUAACACCUAGGCAUUUGAGCCGUGCCAUGGGAAAACCAACAUAGUGGCUUUGCGACCAGUCUGGUCAGGGUCAUCCAUGCUGUUCGCUUUCAAAGCCUAUUGGAAUUAGAGAAACUGUUAGCGAACAGCAUGGAUCCUGACCAGACUGCGCGGAUGCGCAGGCUGGUCUGGAUCCAUGCUAGUCGCAAAGCCACUAUGUUGGUUUUCUCAUGGCGCGGCUCAUUUAAAUUGAAUUUUGUAAUGUAGUUGAAGUUUUGUGCAAUUUUUCAAAUGUAUUUUGAUGCGUGACACAGGAACCUACAUUAUGGCUGCGGGAUUCUCAGAUGUCAAUUUAAACCGGUUUCCACACAAGCCGUUUCUGAUUUGGUUCAGACCAUGCAUUUGUGGACUUGCUAUAAAAUAAAUGAAACGGAAUGACGGAAACUUACCUUCUGUAAUAUAUAGAUUGUGAAAUUAGAAUUAAACUGUAGACACGUUAUAUCAAUCAGAUUUUGUUUUCUUUGCAUAUAUUUGUUUUCUCUGCGUAUUUUCUGUGUACCAACAAAGUUCAAAUGAAAUUCACAUAAUAUUCCAUUAAUGUGACAGCCUAUGGUUUAGUUGUAUUUUUGAUUUCAGCUAGAAUUCAGACAAGUUAAUAUAGUGUAUUGUUUUGAUUUAUACGUAUUCCGCUUUGACCAGUGCUCUUUACACGAUGAAGCCAUUCGAAUGAAAGUUCACUAACACUAUUUUGUUUACAAGAGUAUUUAUAAUGAUAACCUGGAACUAGAUUUGUACAGUAUUUUACGUUACGCGUGCGUAUCUUGAUAUCUAACGGGACUCCGUCUGAUCCCUCCUCCCCCGUAUAGCACGUGAAAAAAUCACUUUUUUCAGUAUUAAUUAAUGAGGUGCUUUCAUAGUGUUUAUAAAUGUCUUUAUCUCGGCCAGAACGACCAUUUUGAAUUUUAAGAUUAUUAUUUUCACAAAUUUCAGUUUAUUUCCUUCUUAUAUUAUUGAUACUGGUUUCUCCAAAUAAGUAUGUGAACGAAACUGUUUUUAAAACUAAUAAUUUUCGAUUUAUUUUAUGAUGUUUGUCCAUUUUACACUCGUAAAACAAAAGAAAGAUGUUGUCAUCCAUUCUAUAUAUUCUAGAUAUACACACGUGAAAAAGUCUUGAUGAUGGGUAUCGGAAGAAUUAACAUCGUUCACUGAAUCAUGUUGUUUUGUCUAUAUAACAUUGUGAAUGUUUUCUAACUAUAAUAAAUAUCGAUGUUAGAUAAAUGUGGAUGUUGUUUGUAAAUGUGUAUUUAUUAUUCAAGAUUUAUAAAUAUAUAUCUAUAUGGUAAAACAUAUGUUAUAAGUGCAUGAAAUAAUGUAGUAUAUUAAUUAGUAAAUAUUGAAGGCUGAAAAUAUUAUUAAAUAUUAUAUACACCUCUCAAAUGCGUUCAUUUGAUUGGGCAAAAGGGGUGCACGCGGGGAUCCGCAAAAAGCGAUAUUGACCCGCAAAAGUGAUAAUGACUCUUUCUUAUGUGUACGAAAUAUGGCCCAGUCAAAUGAGUGCAUUUGAAAAGGGCAUAUAAUAUAACAAUUAUAGACUUAUAUUUCGGUCAGUAUGUGUUUUAACGGACCUGUAAAACAGAUAUUGACCUCGGACUGCGUUCUAGAUCAUUAUCAUUUGUUCAGUUCCGAAAAAACACACAUUGACCUCAACAGAAGACAAUAACUGUAUAAUAACAGUAACAAAGAAGCCUAAGUUUGCUAGAUUAGAUAGACUUUUUGUUCGGGAUAUAUAUAUAUCAAGAUGUUUGAAUGUAUAUAUCAGUCUUUGAAUAUAUACAGGUAACUGUAUUGAAAUAAAAACUGUAUACCCCUCUU